AUGAGCUUCUUAGCACACUCUCGUAAAUCUCUCCUUAAAAAACCCACCACUGGUCACUCUAAAUCUCUUCUCAAAAACAGCGCUAUCCAAGAUUGUGACUGAGAUAGAGGGAUGGAUAGAAGUCAAUACAAGGGAUGUACACGGCUCCAUAUUGAUGAAUAUGAUGAGUAUUAUUCUCAAUUUAUGACAGUUUCGAGACAGAAUGCUCAAAGAGGCGAAAGAAUUAAAUAAGUUAGUGAAGGAUAUCAGAAACCUAAAGGAAAUAAUAAGGAAGAAGGAAGAGAGAAUAAAGAGUCUUGAUGUGGCAGUGAAGGAUGUGGACAGUAAUAGAGGAAGGAAAGGAGAGGGAAAGUCAAGAGAGAAGACCCCGAAGUGAAUGGUGAAAGAGCUGAGUUUUUCGAUUUUUGAUGAGAAGAAAGAAAAUAUUCAAAAUAUAUGAGACAUAAAACGUUAUAAAGACUUUGGUAUUCAAACCCUUACAGAAUCAGAAUUUGAAUCUUCAUCAGCCUCUUCCUCAUACCAAGAAGAUGAGAACCUCGACACAGUAGGUGAAAUUGGAACCCAAGAAAUCCCCAUAAAACUCGGCCCUGCAAUCCUCUCUCAACCCCUUAAUGAGUCAGACAAACUGAAUCCUCUAGAUCCUGUUUCCAGCUCCUUAAAGCCAAUGCAGCACGAUUUAUUUAAAAACUUAGACACCCAGACCCAGCUGAGGAAGAAGUCCUCCAGCAUGAAGAACCGGAUGAUCCCUCGUGGCACUCUCAGCUUGAAAGAUUACGAAACCAGCAUAAUGAAGAUGGUCAAAGAGAACAUGAUUUUGGAAAAAUAAAGUCAAGAAGCAAAUGAAGAUGUUCACCAAAGAAAACAAAGAGAUGAGGACCAACAUGAUGAAGGGCUCUUUUGACGAAGCAGACACAACUGGAAAUGAAAAGAUCCACCGCCAAAACGCCGCUAAAAUUGAAAGACUCAGCUCCCAUGAUGAAGAGAAGUUUGAAGAAAUCCUAGAAGAGAAGGAGAAAGAGCUUGAGAAAAUGCACAAUAUGAACGCUUCCUACAGAGCUCAACUUAUUGACCUUAAAAUCGCAAUAAGUAAAUCAAGAGAUUUAGGAAGAUUCUCAAAUCACAUUGAGGAAAAUGAGAUCAGAGGUAAUCUUGAUGAGUUCGAACUUGAGCAAGCUAAAGAGACUAUUGUGAACCUCGAAGAUAAAGUAAAAGAGCUUGAAAGCAUAAUAGAGACCUUUAGGAGCCAACAAUAGGCUUACAAGCUGUAAAGAUUUAAACAAUUUUUAGUUUGUAGUUUAGCAACCACUUGAACUUGAAUAAAGCCUUCAAUUUAUAGU